UAAGAAUACAUGUAUAUACGUAUAGUAGAAUUUCAUAAAUUCUCUAUAAUUAGUAACAAUAUUUAAUAAACAUAAAAAUUUCUUAUAAUAUGUUGUGCAAAAGUAUUGUAUAUUCUAUUCGAAAGAGUCCAAAACCUCGUCAAUGUCAUCAUGUGCCAAAAGCACCAUUACCUGGAGAACCAAUGAAACCAUAUACACUUACUGAAAUUCCUGGACCAAGGUCAGAUGCUCUUCUCAAUGAAUUUUCUAAAAUUCAGCAAAUAGGCUCCAUUCAAUAUUUUGCAGAUUAUCAAAGAUCUGUUGGAAAUUAUUUAGCAGAUAUAGAUGGAAAUGUUUUUUUAGAUAUGUUUAUGCAACUUUCUACUCUUCCUCUUGGAUAUAAUCAUAGAUCAAUCCUUGGUGCAUUAUCUUGUGCAGGAAAUCAACGAAUAAUGGCAAACAGACCUGCAUUAGGUUUAUUUCCUGGUUUAGAAUGGCCAUGUAAAUUACAAGAUACGUUGCUUCAACCAUGUGUAGCUCCAAAAGGAUUACAAUGUGUUUUUACAACUAAUUGUGGUGAUUGUUCAACUGAAUAUGCUAUGCAAAUGGCAUUUAUAAAAUAUGCAGAAAGGCGUCGUCAAGGCAAUAAGUUUACAAAGAAAGAAAAAGAAAAUGCACCUUUUAAUAAACCACCUGGUUGUCCUGAGUUGUCAAUUCUUUCCUUUGAAGGAGGAUAUCAUGGUAGAACAUUUGGUGCACUGGCAUUAACACAUUUUAAAUACAUAAUGAAAGUUGAUAUACCUUCUCUUCCAUGGCCAAUUGCACCUUUUCCACAAUAUUUGUAUCCAUUGGAUCAGUAUGAAAAAGAAAAUAAAGAAGAGGAUGCAAGAUGCAUAGAACAAAAAUCUAUUCCUUUAAUAUUGGAUGAAAUACAAACAGGAGGUGGUGCAACAGGAAGAAUAUGGGCACAUGAAUAUUUUGAAUUAAAUAUUCCUCCUGAUAUGGUUACCUUUAGUAACAAAAUGCAAGCUAGUGGAUUUUAUCAUUCUUAUGAAUAUAUGCCUAGACUUCCAUAUAGAAUUUUUAAUUCAUGGAUGGGUGAUCCAAGUAAAAUUCUAAUAUUAGAGGCAGUAUUACAAUCUAUUGAAACAGACGAUUUAUUAAGUCAUGUUUGUCAUGUCGGUAAUUAUUUGCUUUGUGAAUUAAACACGUUACAACACGAAUUUCCGCAUCUUAUGAAUUCUGUAAGAGGUAGAGGUUUUAUUAUUGCAUUUGAUAUGCCAUGCAAUGAUACGAAAAAUAAAUUUUUGCAUCUGAUACGUAGUAAAGGUAUUCAAGUGGGUGAAUGUGGAAUAAAAUCAAUUCGGUUAAGACCAUGCCUAAUAUUUGGAGAAUAUCAUGCUGAUAUUUUUUUAGAAAUUCUUCGCAAUUGUUUGCAAGAACUUACAGAUAGCUGAUAUAUUUGUAAUUUAUAUUUUACUUACUAUGUAUGAUAUAUUUGUUAAAUAUAUACUUCAAUAUAAAAAUA